AUGAGUGCAUUAAGCUGGAACUGUCGGGGGCUUGGGAACCUCCAAACAGUUCGAGAACUCCAAGAGGUGAUUGCCUCUGAAGAUCCCAUCUUAGUUUUCCUUAUGGAAACUAAGCUGUCCAAGGAAGAGAUGACCAAAAAGAAGUAUAAUUUUGGGUUUACAGAAGGGUUGGUAGUGGCUAGCAAUGGAAGUAAAGGGGGGCUGGCAUUACUAUGGAAGAAUGAGGUAAUGGUGGAUGUCCAAACAUUUGGCCCAUGGCAUAUAGAUGCAGAGGUGGGUGGGAUGGAUGGAAUAGGGAAGUGGAGGUUCACAGGGUUUUAUGGGCAACCGGAUACGAGUAGGAGAGAGGAGACAUGGCGAAUUCUCAAGAGGCUAGGAAACUCAAACCAUCUUACCUGGCUGUGUAUAGGGGACUUCAACGAAAUCGUUAAUGAUGCUGAGAAGCUUGGGGGUAAUCUGAGGUCACCAAAACAGAUGGAAAGAUUUCGGGAUGCCAUAAAUAGAUGCCGAUUCAAAGACUUGGGUUAUGUUCAACUAGAUCGAGCAUUGGCCACUCCGGAAUGGUAUUCAAACUUUGCAAAUGCGAAGUUGCACCAUCUAUCGACCACUGCGUCGAAUCACUACAUACUAGCUCUUCGGUGGACUCAAGGGGAGAAACGGCGGAAUAGGGGUGUGAAACCUUUUAGGUUUGAAGCUAUAUGGCGUCAUGAUCCAAGGUGUGCGGCGGUUGUAAGUGAUGCAUGGGAAUUUGGCCUCGGUGUACCUACGGGUCAUCCACUCCAGAACUGUAUUUCAUCAUAUAAUGCAUGCCUUACUCAGUGGAAUAAAAGAGAGUUUGGUCAUGUUGGCAAUCAGAUCAAGUCACUUCGAAAUAGACUUCAAGUUCUAGAAACCACCCCAGAGCAUAAUAUGGAAUCUAUUUGGCAGGUCAGGCAAUCUUUAAACUCUUGGUUGGAUAUGGAAGAGGUCAUGUGGAAACAACGAUCUCGAAACAAUUAUCUAAAGGAGGGGGAUCGUAAUACAAGUUUCUUCCUUACCAACGCGUCAAACAGGAAGCAACGGAAUUGGAUUCAGGGACUGGAGGAUAAGAAUGGGCUAUGGCAGGAGGGUAUGGACGAGAUUGAAUAUAUGUUGACUAGAGACUUUCAGGCUUCAGAAGUUGCCCAAGCAUUAAAGCAAAUGCACCUUAAUACUGCAGCAGGACAGGACAGCUUGCCACUUUUAUUCUAUCAAAAAUUCAAGUCACUCACCGCCACCUAUGUCACUCAAGCUGCACUUGAUUUCUUGAAUCAUGGUAUUGUCCCUCCUAACUAUAAUGACACCCAGAUUGUUCUUAUUCCUAAAGUCCAAAACCCUAGAAAAAUCACUGAAUAUAGGCCUAUUAGUUUAUGUAAUGUGGCUUACAAAAUAGUUUCUAAGGCAGUUGCUAAUAGACUAAAGAGUGUAUUAUCAAUAAUUGUCAGUGAGAAUCGAAGUGCUUUUACCAAAGGGCGCUUUAUAACUGAUAAUGUAUUGGUUGCAUUCGAAACCAUGCAUUAUAUUAGCCAAAAGAAGUCUGGGAGAGUUGGGGAGAUGGCUUUAAAAUUAGACAUGAGCAAAGCUUAUAAUAGGGUAGAAUGGACUUGCUUGGAGAAUAUUAUGAGGAAAAUAGGUGUUCAUCAAAAAAUGAUUGAAGUGAUUAUGAGGUGUAUAACAAUUGUCACAUAUUCUAUCCACAUUAAUGGGCAAACCUGUGGCAGAAUUGUACCCUCUAAGAGCCUCCACCAAGGGGACCCAUUAUCUCCUUAUCUGUUUCUAUUUUGUGCAAAGGGUCUUUCAACACUUCUCCGUCAUGCAGUAGAGAGGCAAGCUAUCCAUGGUGUGGCUGUUUGUCGGAGAGCUCCAAGAAUUUUCCAUCUAUUCUUUGCUGAUGAUAGCUUGGUAUUUUGUCGAGCAUCAUUAGAAGAAUGUAAUGAACUACAACGCAUAUUCACCGUAUAUGAAGUUGCCUCAAGCCAACAACUCAAUAAAGUCAAGACUGCCCUCUUUUUCAGUAAGAAUACUCCACGUGCAGUACAGAAAGAAAUUAAAGCUAGAUUUGGAGCCCAAGUCAUACGCCAGCAUGAAAAAUACCUAGGCCUACCUUCAUUGGUUGGGAGAUCCAAAAAGAACACCUUCCACGAUCUCAAAGACAAACUUGGCAAAAAACUAUCGAGGUGGAAGGAAAAGCUUUUAUCAAAUGCGAGCAAGGAAUUAUUAAUAAAAGCAAUUGGCCAAGCAAUUCCUUUUUACACUAUGAGUUGCUUCAAACUCCCAAAUUCCUUAUGUGAUAAGCUUGCUAGUAUGGUUCACAAAUUUUGGUGGGGGCAAAAUAAUAGGGUGGACAAGAUGGCUUGGCUUAGUUGGGAGAAGAUAUGCACUCCUAAGGAGACUGGCAGCAUGGGAUUUAGGGACCUCAAGGCCUUUAACUUGGCAUUACUAGCCAAGCAAGGGUGGCGCCUUCAAACCUGUACUAAUUCCCUAUUCUAUCAUGUCUUCCAAGCUAAAUAUUUCCCGAAUGGAGACUUUCUCUCAGCUACUUUGGGCACAAAACCAUCAUAUGCUUGGAGAAGUAUAUUUGUUGCACAACAGAUAGUCCGAAAAGGGAGCCGUUGGAGGAUAGGAAAUGGGGCCAAAGUUCGAAUAUGGGGUGACCGCUGGCUCCCUUUGUCUUCCACAUACAGAGUUGUAACACCAUGCCCGAAUGUUGGUGCUGAAUUACCAGUGGCUACAUUAAUUGACUACCAGAAAGGAGAAUGGGACUUGGAAGCCCUCCAACGAACCCUCAUGGCCAAAGAUGCUGAAUCGGCUCUCUCCAUUGCACUGAGCCCGACUCUGCCUGAAGAUCGUCUCAUCUGGGCUAUGACUUCUUCAGGGAAAUUCACGGUGAAAUCGGCAUAUAGGUUGGCACUGGAUGAGAGAGCUGGCCACGGUGCUAAGGAGAGCUCAAACUCAACAUGCAUGAAGGAGUUUUGGAAGUUUAUUUGGUGA